UUUCCCUUUCUCCAACAUUUGGGUAAAAUCAAAUGUCUAUUACCUCUGCUCUGAAUCUUUACUGUCUGAACUCCACUACAUGCUGCAGAAGAUAUAUCCACUACCAUGUCUCUUCAAUUACCAACUACACAGCUGAAUCUCAAUUCCUAAUACCAGCUUCUUCAACAAUCCGAUACAGCGGAUUCAAAUUUCCACAUUCACCAUCAUCAUCAUUAAAUUCAACCAAUCACAACACUUUCCAGUUCUUUCAAACUUCCAAAACAUGGUGGGAUUUGAGUGAUUCUGGGGAAGUAGUAGAGCAUGAUAAUGAGAAGAAUUCGGCUACGGUUUUCGGAACUGUUGUUAAGAUGUGGGAAUUGCUUGGAAAUGAGAAAUGGAUUAUGGUUGCUGCGUUUACUUCUUUGGUAAUAGCUGCUGUUGCGGAGAUAACAAUGCCGAGAGUAUUGGCAGAGUCUAUCUUUGCUGCUCAGAAUGGCCAGCCUAUGAUUUUCUCAAGAAACACGCGUUUUUUGGGUUUAUUGUGUUUGAUUUCCGGAAUUAGUAGUGGAUUCAGAAGUGUUUGUUUUGCCAUUUCUAAUGUCAUUCUGGUUAAUCGCCUCAGAGAAGCUUUAUAUUCAGCUCUUAUUUUUCAGGAUAUGAACUUCUUUGACUCACAAGAAGUUGGUGGCUUGACAAGUCGACUCGGCUCAGAUUGUCAGCGACUUUCAAGUGUUGUUGGAAAGGAUAUCCAUUUGAUAGUGCGCAAUGUACUUCAGGGCACUGGUGCUAUGAUCAAUUUGCUAUGUUUAUCCUGUCCUCUUGCAUUUUCUUCCAUUCUCAUAGGCUGUGUUCUGGCCACCAUUUUUCUAGUUUAUGGCAGGUAUCAGAAGAGAGCUGCCAAGUUGACUCAAGAUUUCAUCUCUUAUGCCAAUGAGACCGCAGAAGAGACAUUCUCCAUGAUAAGAACUGUCCGGAUUUAUGGAACAGAGAAAAUGGAAUUUAGCAGGUACAAGCAUUGGUUGGAGAAAUUAGAUUUUGUAAGCUUUCGAGAAAGUGCAGCUUAUGGCUUAUGGAAUAUGAGCUUCCACAGCCUUUAUCGUGCAACUCAGGUUGUUGCAUUAUUGUUAGGAGGAAUGUCUAUUUGGACCGGACAUGUAUCAACUGAACAACUUACAAAGUAUAUAUUAUACUGUGAGUGGUUAAUUUAUGCGACCUGGAGGGUGGUGGACAGUAUGUCAUCAUUGCUGCAGGCUGUUGGAGCGAGUGAGAAAGUUUUCCAGUUAAUGCAACUUCCACCAAGCAAACAAUUCCUAUCCAAUGGCGUGAAAUUGCAAAGGCUAACGGGACAAAUUCAUUUUAUAGACGUAACUUUUCAUUAUCCUUCAAGGCCAACUGUUCCCAUUUUAAAGAACUUCAAUCUUUGUAUAGAAGCAAAUGAAGUGGUUGCACUGGUUGGACGCAGUGGUAGUGGAAAAACCACACUAGUCAAUCUCUUGCUUCGUCUUUAUGAGCCAACCAAUGGUCUGAUCAAUAUCGAUGGUUUUCCUCUCAAAGAGUUAGAUAUGAGGUGGCUCAAACAAAAUAUAGGAUAUGUUGGACAGGAGCCACAGCUCUUCCGCACUGAUAUGAAGUCGAACAUUUCGUAUGGAUGUCAUCGAGAUGUUAAUAUAGACGAUAUAGAAAAUGCUGCAAAGUUGGCCCAUGCUCAUGAAUUUAUUUCCAGUCUACCUGAUGGUUAUGAAACUCUUGUCGAUGAUGAGUUGCUAAGUGGUGGACAAAAGCAGCAAAUUGCUAUUGCUAGAGCCAUUCUUAGAAACCCUGCUAUUCUUAUUCUUGAUGAACCCACCAGUGCUCUGGAUCCAGAAAGUGAACACUAUGUCAAGGGGAUUCUUCAUGCGCUCAAAAAUGAGGACAAGAUAAAGAGAAGUGUCAUUGUCAUUGCACAUAGGCUAUCUACCAUAAAAGCUGCUGAUAGGAUCAUUGUAAUGGAUGGUGGUCGAAUCGUGGAGAUUGGCAACCACGUACAACUCCUACGAAAAGACGGAUUAUAUUCACGCUUAAUCAAACUACAAGAAAGUGUUUUGGCUUAAUUCAAUCGAAGAUCUGUUUUCAAGCUAUAUUUCACAGACACUCGAAACGUUACCGGACUACAUAUACAAGUUUUCAAGUGAAAACCUAUUCGCAGACGUACCGGAACAUGGAAGAUGAACUAGCGACACAUGUGUUGUGGAUUGAUUUGGGUGUCAAAGUUUCUCAAGGGCUUCAGUAGAAAAAUCUGCAGGCUGAGGAACUUGCUGGUGAGGAAGACGUUUCACUUGCUCAUCACCUCUGUCUUCUUCAUCUGCUUUCAUUUUGUUAUGAUUCUCGUUUGCUUUAAUGGUGGAUGGUGAGGGUGGCUCAUCUUCAUCUACUACACCUUUGAUCUCUUUCACUCUCUGCAUGCCUUCUUUCAUCUCUUUGUCGUCCAUGGCUGCCUUAAUUUCAUCUACAAUAUGUAUUUCUUAGAAGCAACUUCAAGUUUAUCUGUUCAUGGAAGCCAGGCUUACUAUUUAGCAAGUUUUUGUAUAUAGUGCAUGUGUCAUCCCCAGCAGUUAAGCAUCUGUAGUACAGUAUAGUACUAGCAAAAUGGCCAAGCGUUGCUUUGGCUUUUUAUCAUUAAUCAUAUGAAUAAUAUUAAUAGUGAGAUAUAAUUAAUUUUUUCUA